ACACAAACAGGUGUAUGACGCAAAACAGUCGGUCAAUGUAACCGUUCACCAUCAUCACAAACCCGAGUUACAAGUACACGUCUCAUACUUACACCGCAUUUGCAAAAUAUAUGUGUAAUUGUACCACGAAUCACAGCUCUUCUGAAAGGAGAUUCAGCAUGACGUAAGGGCCUGUGAACCUUGACCUGACCUGCUCCAGUCGGACUCCUCUCUUUAUACGCUAAAGAAAGACUCUUCAAACUUCAGGACCAUGUCAACAGGUAAUUACACUCCAGCCCCAGGGGGCCCUUUUUCGGCCCUCACACCCAGCAUGUGGCCUCAGGACAUUUUGGCAAAGUACUGUCAGAAAGACCCAAAUAUGGAAUCAGAACGGCAGUAUGAUGAAUUUGGGUUUCGGAUCGAUAGUGAAGACGGGGUUGAGACAAGUAAAUGGCAGCGUGGUGAAGGAGCUCCUCAGAGAGAGGACCCUCAGCAAAGACUUCGCUGGCAAGCACACCUGGAGUUCACGCACAAUCACACUGUAGGAGACCUGACGUGGGACAAGAUCUCCCCCUCCCUGGCUCGAUCUGACCGCCUCCGGACACUGGUGCUGGGGGGCAUACCACACAGCAUGAGACCACAGUUGUGGAUGCGUUUGUCAGGGGCCCUGCAGAAAAAGAGAACAUCAGAAAUUUCCUACAGGGAAAUCGUCAAAAACAGCUCCAAUGAUGACACCACAGCAGCCAAACAGAUAGAAAAGGAUCUUCUGCGGACCAUGCCCACUAAUGCGUGCUUCAGCACCAUGUCGAGUGUGGGGGUGCCCAAGCUCAGGCGGGUCCUGAGAGGGCUGGCGUGGUUGUAUCCAGACAUCGGCUACUGUCAGGGCACAGGCAUGGUGGUGUCCUGUCUGCUGCUCUUUCUGGAAGAGGAGGACGCUCUGUGGAUGAUGUGUGCUCUGAUAGAGGACCUGCUGCCUCCUUCGUAUUUCUCCUCCACGCUGCUGGGAGUUCAAACCGACCAGCGUGUGCUCAGACAGCUCAUAGUGCAGUAUCUGCCGAGCCUAGACCAGCUGCUACAAGAGCAUGACAUUGAGCUCUCUUUAAUCACGCUGCACUGGUUCCUCACUGCUUUUGCCAGUGUGGUGGACAUCCGUAUCCUGCUGCGAAUCUGGGACCUGCUUUUCUACGAGGGCUCAGUGGUGCUCUUCCAGGUUACGCUGGGCAUGUUGAAGAUCAAGGAGGAGGAACUGGUUUCAUCUGAGAACUCUGCAUCCAUCUUUAACACCCUCUCGGACCUGCCCAGUCAAUUAGAGGAUGGGGCGGCAGUGCUGGGAGAGGCUGUGCGUCUGGCAGGAUCUCUGUCUCAGGAAAGCCUGGAUACACACAGACACAAGCAUCUUGCCUACAUCCUGGCAGAGCAGGCUCAGCUCAACUCCGGAAACUCCCAUUCCCUCCACACCAACCUCAACAAGGUGGUUCGCAGACAGAGCCUGCGUAGGAAAUCCACCCUGAGCUCGCUUCUCUGGGGGGAAGACGAGGUGGAGGCGCUGAAGGCCAAAAACAUUAAACAAACGGAACUGGUGGCAGCACUGAGAGAAGCUAUCAACCGGACCGCAGAGCACUUUCACUGCCUGGACCCCCGCAACUGCAGCACUGAUUUGACUCCAGACUAUUCUAUGGAGAGUCAUCAGAGGGAUCACGAGAACUUCCUGGUUGUGUCUCGGAAUCGUCGAAGACGAGCCAAAGCUUUGCUGGACUUUGAACGGCACGAUGAUGAUGAACUGGGCUUUCGGAAGAAUGACAUCAUCACAAUCAUCUCACAGAAAGAUGAGCACUGCUGGGUUGGAGAGCUGAACGGCCUGAGAGGCUGGUUUCCUGCAAAAUUUGUGGAAGUCUUGGAUGAACGAAGUAAAGAGUACUCUCUGGCUGGAGAUGACACUGUAACGGAGGCAGUGAAUGACUUGGUCAGAGGCACGCUGUGUCCAGCUCUUAAGGCCAUCUUUCAGCAUGGCCUGAAGAAGCCCUCCAUACUGGGAGGACCCUGUCACCCCUGGCUUUUCAUUGAGGAGGCAGCCAGCAGAGAAGUGGAAAGAGACUUCAACUCUGUCUACUCUAGACUGGUGCUCUGCAAGACAUACAGGUUAGAUGAAGAUGGGAAGGUGCUCACACCUGAAGAGCUUCUAUACAGGGCAGUGCAGUCUGUCAACAUGAGCCACGACGCUGCACACGUUCAGAUGGACAUCAAGUUUCGCUCGCUCAUCUGUGUGGGCUUAAAUGAGCAGGUGCUGCAUCUGUGGCUGGAGGUCUUGUGUUCCAGUAUGAGUGCUGUGGAGAAAUGGUACCAUCCCUGGUCCUUCCUGCGCAGUCCUGGCUGGGUUCAGAUAAAGUGUGAACUCAGAGUUCUUUCAAAGUUUGCCUUCAGUCUUUCCCAAGACUGUGAGCUGCCUACCAAAAAAGAGAAGUCUCCUGUUCUCAAAUCAGAAGUGGUGGAUGUCUUGGUGCAACAUCACCUUUUUAGUUGGGACCUCUAGGAGAAGGAGCAGAGGCCUCUGAAGGAGGGAGUUCAGGACAUGUUGGUGAAGCAUCACCUCUUCAGCUGGGAUAUCGAUGGCUAACCUAUCACACGCUUCCUGUGAGCUGCAAACACCUAGACCAAAUCACUCUCCAUCUGCAGAAAAACAGGGAUCACGCGUGAAAUUCAUGUUCAUUCGUUGUACAGCUUUAUGUCACAUGGCUGAAAUGGUGAGUGUUUGUGUGUCUCGGCACAAUAGUUUCACUUUUUGUGACUCUUACAAGAGUCCGUCUGUACAAAGGAGGAGUUCUUUGCCAAGAUUUCACACAGAAUCAGACUAAGGACUGCCUGAAAGCGCUUCCUCUCCUCCGAAGCUGAAUAAAUGUUACACCAUUUGGGGCACGACUAGAGUGGUCAUGAAUUAAAGUAGGAUUUGCACCCUUUUGUUCAUUUACUCUCAAGUAGUCUUGGCUGCUGGUGACAUCUGGAUAGUGGGAAAGAGUCCAGCUCUUGCGCUCCUGAGGGAUUGUCUUGAGCUAAUUCAGUGUCUGGAGGAUCACAUUUGUGUCAGACAUGCGCAAUUUAAAGAUUAAACACAUUUUCAUUAUCUUCAGACGACUUUCCAAGUAUGAUUGUUCCCAAAAUAGCUUAAUAAUUAAAAAAAUAUCCUGUGGGUACCACCCUCACAUCCAGUUACAUCCAUGGCAGACUAAAAGAUGGCCGUUGACAGAGAAACCGAUUGACUGCAGUCAGUGUGUUCAGGCCGCAGCAUUAAAACAGUUGACUGAAUCUGCCUCAACACGAAGGGCACCGCUGAUUCAGUGUUGAUGGUGUAGCAAUGAAUCGGCUUUGUGUUACAUAUUUUGCUAUUUCUCAUAAACCGUGUAUAAUAAAGAGAAGACUAGUAUUUAGCUGCUUUUUUUUUUUGAGAUAGAAGUGAAACAGAAGCAGGUCCAGUGCCACUCUGAAGAAGAGCUGUGUGUGUCUUCUCUGCGAAAGCCUGCAGUGGCACAAUUAGAUGUUUGAGUAAAUGAAAGAAAAAGGGUUCAUUUUAUAGUUCUUGUAAUUGGUAGACAUGGUUGUUUUGAACCAAAAAUUAGUCUGUAAUGGUUGAGCAUGACCAAACUCGCAGGGCUUUAGAUCAUAUCCACGAUCACUGAUUAUAUGUACCUAAAUAAAAAUCUAUAUCUGUAAAAA